UUCCUGGCAGGCCCGCUGGGUUUCCAAACAUUUCGUCACCGUCUCGUCCUGACCUUGGUGUGAAAGGAACGAGCCGCGUGGCCUGUUGGUUCCAGCAAAGCCAUCGGGGGCGCUGGCCUGGGCUGGGGGAGGGUGGCGACUGACUUGGGAGUGGAGGUGAGGUCUGCUGGAAAUCCCCAGCCUGGGCAGCCGCCGGAGGUUUAAAGACGCCUUCUCCGGCCUUAUUUGGUCGCAGGAAGUGGGCGGCGCCGGGCCUGCUGGCUGAGAGGCAGACCCGAGACAGUUGUGCUGAUGAAGUGGUAGAGCUGGUUCCUGCUCGCCGCCGUGCCGCGCGCGCCGGCCCGCCGCUGGGCGCUCCGCGCUCCCAGCCCCGAGUUGUGCAAUCCUUUGUAGCACGCCAGAGAGUCCUCCUCCUUCGCUGUUGCCUCUCGCCCUCUCGCUCUCUCUCUCUUUUUUUUCAAGCUGUGAGCUCAACCGAUGAGUCAGAGCAGUGCAAUCCUGACACUGCAUCGCAGGACUGGGGGGUGACACGAAGGGAGGGAGAGCGACCGCGAGGCGGACACCACGGGCGCGGGUUGCGCCGAGGCUCCUGUGCCGGGAGCGAGGGGUGACAGCCCGCGCGUCCCACCCGGGCCCUGCCAGCAAACUUCCCGGCCUCGGGAGGCGCGAGCUGGCGGAAAUUCUGCGAGCGCCGCGGGGAGGCGGCGGCGCCUGUUUGUUUUUAAAAUCGGGAGUGCGUGCAGGCGGCUGGAGCCUGGGAGGCGACCGAAGGCGGCGGCCCGCGGCGGAAAGGGGACAGCCGAUGCCGGAGCUCGGGUAGGAGCAGGGCUCCAGGGCCCUGUGGAGCAUCAUGAACUGGGAAGAGUAGAGGAGCCUGAGAGCCUCUCUGCAAAAAGGAAGGAAGCACCAGCAGUUCUUUCUCCCCGUGCCUGACCGCAUCAUCCAGCGUUUCCUCUGCCCCCUCUGGCUGCUGGACUAGGGCCAAGCUUCCAGCAGGACCAUCCCCCAGGGGAUGGGCAACUGGUAAAGUAGGUCUCACUGCCGGGGCCCAGUUGGCCACACCAUGAACCUCCAGGCCCAGCCCAAGGCUCAGAACAAGCGGAAGCGUUGCCUCUUUGGGGACCAGGAACCAGCUCCCAAGGAGCAGCUCCAACCCCUGCAAGCACCACAGCAGCCCCCGGCCCCUCCACCGUCCAGAGUGAAGGAGGAGCCUUACUUUGCGCACGAGGGUCCGGCAGGGGCUGCCCCCGCCUCCCAGCCUGUGGAACUGCCCCCUUCCAACAGCCUGGCCCUGCUGAACUCCGUGGUAUACGGGUCUGAGCGAACCAUGUUGUCUCAGCAGGUGGGCUCGGUCAAGUGGCCCAACUCUGUGAUGGCUCCAGGGCGAGGCCCGGAGCGUGGAGGGGUUGGGGGUGUCAGUGACAGCGGCUGGCAGCAGCAGCCCGGCCAGCCUCCGCCCCACUCGACGUGGAAUCGCCACAGCCUGCCCCUUUACAGUGGACCCAAGGGAAGCCCUCAUCCUGGCAUGGGGGUCUCCACCUACUAUAACCACCCUGAGCCGCUGAAGCGGGAGAAAGCAGGGGGGCCACAGCUGGACCGCUUUGGGAACGCUGUGCGGCCAAUGGUGCCGCAGAAGGUGCAGCUGGAGGUUGGGCGGCCCCAGGCACCCCUGAACUCUUUCCAUGUGGCCAAGAAGCCCCCGAACCAGACGCUGCCCCUGCAGCCCUUCCAGCUGGCGUUCGGCCACCAGGUGAACCGGCAGGUCUUCCGGCAGGGCCCAUCGCCGCCCAACCCCGUCGCCGCCUUCCCACCGCAGAAGCAGCAGCAGCAGCAAGCGGCCCUGCCCCAGAUGCAGCUCUUUGAGAACUUCUACCCCAUGCAGCAGCCACCCUCUCAGCAGCCCCAGGACUUUGGCCUGCAGCCAGCCGGGCCGCUGAGUCAGUCCCACCUGGCUCACCACAGCCUGGCACCCUACCCCUUCCCCCCAAACCCUGACAUGAACCCAGAACUGCGCAAGGCCCUCCUGCAGGAGUCAGCCCCGCAGCCUGUGCUACCUCAGGCGCAGAUCGCCUUUCCCCGCCGUUCCCGCCGCCUCUCUAAGGAGGGCGUCCUGCCUUCCACCACCCUGGAUGGGGCUGGCACCCAACCUGGGCAGGAUCCCGCCAGCAACCUGUUCCUGCACCACUGGCCCCUGCAGCAGCCGCCACCCGGCCCCAUGGGGCAGCCCCAUCCUGAAGCUCUGGGAUUCCCGCUGGAGCUGAGGGAGUCACAGUUGCUGUCGGACGGGGAGAGACUGGCACCCAAUGGCCGGGAGCGGGAGGCUCCCGCCAUGGGCAGCGAGGAGGGCACGCGGGCUGUGGGCACAGGGGACUGUGGGCAGGUGCUACGGGGUGGGGUGAUCCAGAGCACUCGACGGAGGCGCCGGGCGUCCCAGGAGGCCAAUUUGCUGACCCUGGCCCAGAAGGCAGUGGAGCUGGCCUCACUGCAGAGCACAAAGGAUGCCAGUGGCUCUGAGGAGAAGCGGAAAAGUGUAUUGGCUUCAACUACCAAGUGUGGGGUGGAGUUUUCUGAGCCUUCCUUAGCUGCCAAGCGAGCACGAGAGGACAGCGGGAUGGUACCCCUCAUCAUCCCAGUGUCUGUGCCUGUGCGGGCUUUGGACCCAACUGAGGCAGCCCAAGCUGGAGGUGUUGACGAGGAUGGAAAGGGUCCUGAACAGAACCCCACUGAACACAAGCCGUCGGUCAUCGUUACCCGCAGGCGGUCCACCCGUAUCCCUGGAACUGAUACCCCAGCUCAGGCUGAGGACAUGAACGUCAAGUUGGAGGGGGAACCUUCAGUGCGGAAACCAAAGCAGCGGCCGAGGCCUGAGCCUCUGAUCAUCCCCACCAAGGCGGGCACUUUCAUCGCCCCUCCCGUCUACUCCAACAUCACCCCUUACCAGAGCCACCUGCGCUCCCCUGUCCGCCUAGCUGACCACCCCUCCGAGCGGAGCUUUGAGCUGCCCCCUUAUACACCACCCCCCAUCCUCAGCCCUGUGCGGGAAGGCUCCGGACUCUAUUUCAAUGCCAUCAUAUCGACCAGCAGCAUCCCAGCCCCUCCUCCCAUCACGCCAAAGAGUGCCCAUCGCACCCUGCUCCGGUCUAAUAGCGCUGAAGUCACCCCGCCUGUCCUCUCUGUGAUGGGGGAGGCCACCCCAGUGAGCAUCGAGCCACGGAUCAAUGUGGGCUCCCGGUUCCAAGCAGAAAUCCCCUCGAUGAGGGACCGCGCCCUGGCAGCCGCAGACUCCCACAAGGCCGACUUGGUGUGGCAGCCAUGGGAGGACCUAGAGAGCAGCCGGGAGAAGCAGAGGCAAGUGGAAGACCUGCUGACAGCUGCCUGCUCCAGCAUUUUCCCUGGAGCUGGCACCAACCAGGAGCUGGCCCUGCACUGUCUGCACGAGUCCAGGGGAGACAUCCUGGAAACGCUGAGUAAGCUGCUACUGAAGAAGCCCCUGCGGCUGCACAACCACCCAUUGGCAACUUAUCACUACACAGGCUCUGACCAGUGGAAGAUGGCUGAGAGGAAGCUGUUCAACAAGGGCAUUGCCAUCUACAAGAAGGAUUUCUUCUUGGUGCAGAAGCUGAUCCAAACCAAGACCGUGGCCCAGUGUGUGGAGUUCUACUACACCUACAAGAAGCAGGUGAAGAUUGGCCGCAAUGGGACACUAACCUUCGGGGAUGUGGAUACAAGUGAUGAAAAGUCGGCCCAGGAAGAGGUUGAAGUGGAUAUUAAGACUUCCCAGAAGUUCCCAAGGGUGCCUCCUCCCAGAAGAGAGUCCCCAAGUGAAGAGAGCCUAGAGCCUAAGAAGGAAGUAAAGGAGACCAGAAAGGAGGAGGAGGAAGAGAUGCCAGAGACCCAGGAGAAGGGGGAGCAGGAAGAGGGGCGAGAGCGAAGCCGGCGGGCAGCGGCUGUCAAAGCCACGCAGACACUACAGGCCAAUGAGUCGGCCAAUGACAUCCUCAUCCUCCGAAGCCACGAAUCCAAUGCCCCUGGAUCUGCGGGUGGCCAGGCCUCAGAGAAGCCAAGGGAGGGGCCAGGGAAGUCACGUAGGGCACUUCCUUUUUCGGAGAAGAAGAAAAAACCAGAGCCAUUUAAUAAGAGCCAGAAUCAGGAGAACACUUUUCCGUGUAAAAAAUGUGGCAGGGUGUUUUACAAGGUGAAGAGCCGCAGCGCUCACAUGAAGAGCCACGCCGAGCAGGAGAAGAAAGCGGCUGCUCUGAGGCAGAAGGAGAAAGAGGCCGCGGCCGCUGCGGCCACUGCGGCCGCCUCCCCCCACCAGCCGGCCCUGAGGGAGGAGAGCAGUGCGGGCGAGAGGGGCUGACGCCCGGGGCUCCGGGCCCUGCUCCAGCCUGAGACGCCCUGCCAGCACUGGAACCUCCGGAGGGAGAGAUCACGUGGACUUGUCUCUGCAAAACGGAUACAAUUAAAUAAACGGCUCUUUUACUUA